UGCUUUCUUUCACAUUAAGGACAAAACUGUAUUUAGUGUCCAAACCAAAAGGUGAUGGUUUUUAUCAGAUUUUUGCUGAAGAAUUAAGAUGAUUGAUGAGGAAAUGUUUCCUCCUCCAAGUUGCCUUUUCAGUUCCGGGCUUUCACUUCCUCUUUUUCAACUCGUCUGAGACGGACACUACCAUAUUGUGACAGAUGCUCAGGACUGAUAUAUGGCUGUAAAUCUGGAAAUGAGCACUCAGUUUGAAGCUCCUAAUUACCUGAAUGUAGAGAAACCAAAGAAAAUCUCUCCCUCGCCUGCCAGAAACACUCAGUAUGGAGGAGCAUUCAGGCUGGCUGGAGUGUGUGUCGGUCUGAUGUGUAUCGUUCAGGCAACGCUCAACAUCGUCCUGAGGCUGUACUUUACCUCUGAGAUGUUACCGCCGAACAGCGACAAUGACACGGUGUCUCUAUACAUAGCGCAGCUCAACAACAGAUAUGAUAAUCUUGUUAAGGAGAAAUCCAGCUUGCGUAACAUGAGAGAUCAGCUACGGACGGAGAGAGACAAACUCCAGGAGAAACUUUCAAAUAUUGCUGAAGAGUUCAAGAAGCCGGGGUGGAUCUUCUUCAGGUCCAGUUUUUACUACGUGUCUGCUGAGAAGAAGAACUGGUUUGACAGCAGAGCUGAAUGCAGAAAAAACGGAGCAGACCUGGUGAUCAUCAAAAGCAAAGAAGAACAGGAUUUCAUUGAUGCGGUAAGAAGUGGAAAGAGCGCAUGGAUUGGUUUGAGUGACCAAGUCACUGAGGGCACGUGGAAAUGGGUGGACAAUACAUUACUGACCACUAACUACUGGUGGAGUCGAGAGCCCAAUAAUUUCAAUGGAGAUGAAGACUGUGCUGAGAUUGGUUAUAUUCCAGAUGAUGGAAGGCCUGUAACAAAUAAGUUAAACACAUGGAACGAUCAUUCAUGCCGUAGCAGUUUAUUUUGGAUAUGUGAGAAAAGCUUUACCAUUUAAGUCUCUGUGAAGAGCAAGCACAUUGCAAACAAUCAUAGCUGAGCCACCACUUAGGACUAAAUCUGAAUUGCAUUGUAUUGCGGUCAUCAAUGUGUUCCUAAUAAAGUGAACAGUGUGUGUGA